AUGCACGAGCUGGCGAAUAUCAUCAAAGACUCUGGGGACGUGCUUCUCCAGCUCAUUGACGACUUUCUCGAUUUCAGCAAACUCGCCUCGGGUAGCUUUUCUAUCAGUAACGAUAUUAUAAGUGUGAAGGAUAUCAUUCAAUCUGUCUUUCGGGCACAUCAGACGUGCCAGAGACCCGAAGUCAAGCUCGAGAUCGACAUGGACGACAACCUACCUAGUUCCGCUGAAGGAGACUCUCUACGUUAUCGACAAGUUGUACAGAAUCUCCUAUCUAAUGCGACAAAGUUCACCGAGCAAGGCUAUGUACGAAUAGUUGCGCGACUGCAAAAGGAAGACCAAGAGUACUUCACCAUCCUGACUGAAGUGAUAGACUCAGGCAUCGGAGUGCCAGCAAGUGGCUCACAGACCCUAUUUACGCCUUUCACUCAGAUCGACAACUCCACGACAAAGAGAUACAAGGGUACAGGACUGGGCUUGAGUAUCUGCAAGUCGCUGGCUGAGCGCAUGGGUGGAAGCAUUGGCUUUCACCCUAAUCCAGAAGGUCCAGGUAGUGUUUUCUGGUUUACCGCCAAGCUCAAAAGAUGCAAACAGCUCAAGGCUUUGGAGGUUCUACAAGAGGGUCUGGCUGGAUUGAGCAUCCCAUCUCCCGUGGUGGCCGACCCGAUGGAAACUCUCAAAAUCGUCGCUCCUGACAAACGUUUGCUACUUGCGGAAGACAACAUCAUUAAUCGAAAGGUCAUGACACGUAUGCUUGCUGGCAUGGGGUUCAACAAUGUGGACACGGCACCCGAUGGCAAGGAAGCGGUCUCCAAAGCGUCCAUCAACAAUUACGACCUGAUUCUGAUGGACGUCAACAUGCCUGUUCAAGACGGACUCAGUGCUACCAAAGAGAUUCGAGCCAAUGGACUUCACGUUCCGAUCGUGGCCAUGACGGCAAACGCUCUCAAAGGGCAGGCGGAGUCUUAUAUUGCGAAAGGAAUGACUGGGUACAUCGCCAAGCCUGUUGACAGAAGCCUGCUGGUCAAACUACUGCUCGGAUGUUUGCAGCAGAAUGCUACCAGCUGA